GUGCAUUGGGCUUCCUUCCACCUCUUCCUCUUCAUCUUCUCCUGCUUUGCACGUUGCCGGCGCAGGGGAAGCUUCCAGUUCAGUUGGUUGGUUCCAACAUCACCGGAGAAGCAGAGCGCCCGCCGGCGAUGAGGUGGACGGCCUUCAUCUGGGAGGGCGCGUCCAGGGCCUUCAGCCACCGCCCCACCUUCACCAACCUCGUCCUCGUCCUCGGCGCCGCCAGUAGUGGAGGCCUAGUAGCAUAUGCGGAUUCCAAAUCAGAUGAUGUUCUUGACAAGCCCGAAGGACCACCCAAGAAGAAAGUUGUUGUUCUUGGCACCGGCUGGGGUGGCACCACGUUCCUGAGGAAUCUUGACAGCAGAUUGUAUGAUGUUCAGGUCAUUUCACCUCGGAACUACUUCGCGUUCACACCACUGCUCCCAAGUGUCACUUGUGGGACAGUUGAGCCAAGGAGCGUUGUUGAGCCAAUUCGUAGGAUUUUGGAGAAGAAAGGUGGAGAUAUCAAGUUCUGGGAAGCAGAAUGCUUCAAGAUUGAUUCAGAAAACAAGAAGAUCCAUUGCCGGUCAAAUAUCAGGACGAAUCUUGAUGGAAAUGGUGAAUUCUUGGUUGACUACGACUAUCUUGUGAUAGCGGUUGGAGCUAGGUCUAACACAUUUAACACUCCUGGUGUUGAGGAGAAUUGCUACUUUUUGAAGGAAGUAGAGGAUGCCCAAAAGAUCCGAAGGAAUGUGAUGGACUGCUUCGAGAGAGCAAGUCUGCCUUACCUGAAUGAAGAAGAGAGGAAGAAGAACCUUCACUUUGUUGUUGUAGGUGGUGGACCUACAGGCGUGGAAUUUGCAGCAGAGUUGCACGAUUUUGUUACCGAAGAUCUAUCCAAGCUGUAUCCUUCUAUUCAGCACCUUGUCAGGAUAUCAUUGAUUGAAGCUGCAGAUCACAUACUGACCAUGUUUGACAAGAGGAUAACUGAAUUUGCUGAGGAUAAGUUUGGAAGGGAUGGCAUUGAUGUGAAAACUGGAUACAAAGUUGUGAAGGUUUCUAAGGAUGCAAUUACCAUGCAAAAUCCAGCCACUGGAGAUAUCUCAGUUCCUUAUGGAAUGGCUGUUUGGUCCACUGGUAUUGGUACCCGACCCUUUAUAUCAGAGUUCAUGAAACAAAUUGGGCAGGGCAAACGGCGUGUUUUGGCCACUGAUGAAUGGCUAAGGAUCCGUGAAUGCGAUGGUGUCUACGCUGUAGGAGACUGUGCUACGAUAAACCAGAGGAGAGUGAUGGAUGACAUCUCAGAAAUAUUCAGAGUUGCAGAUAAAGAUAACUCUGGAACCUUGACAGUGAAAGAAAUCCAAGAUGUCUUAGAUGAUAUCUACGUAAGAUAUCCGCAGGUGGAGCUCUAUCUUAAGAGUAGGCAAAUGAAUGGAAUUGCUGAUCUAGUAAGGACUGCCAAAGGUGAUGCUGAAAAGGAAUCUAUAGAACUGAACAUUGAAGAAUUUAAGAAGGCUCUUUCUCUUGUGGACUCUCAAGUCAAAAAUCUGCCUGCAACUGCUCAGGUUGCUUCACAGCAAGGACAAUAUUUGGCUAGGUGCUUCAAUAAGAUGAAGGAUGCUGAAGAAAACCCUGAAGGCCCAAUUCGUAUAAGGGGAGAAGGCCGUCAUCGUUUCCGCCCAUUCAGGUACAGGCAUUUAGGCCAAUUUGCCCCACUAGGAGGUGAGCAGACUGCGGCACAGCUCCCCGGUGAUUGGAUCUCCAUUGGCCACAGCUCACAGUGGCUCUGGUAUUCUGUGUACGCAACUAAACAAAUAAGUUGGCGCACGAGGGCACUGGUGAUCUCUGACUGGAGCCGUCGCUUUAUCUUCGGUAGGGACUCGAGUUGCAUAUAGUCAAGGAAGGGAAGAUUUUGUUGUGACAUAUUCAGAAGCUAAAUGGCAGCAGUAGUGCCUCCCACUUGAGUUUGUUUCUGCAAAUAUAUAUUCUUUUUUAUCAGAAGAAUAAAAGUUACCCUUUUUUUCUUGCUUAGUGCACAACGGAGAAAAAAAUUCCCUUGUACCUUUCUUUUGGAAGAGUUGUACUUUUGCGGCAUGAGCAAACUUGCAGAUUCUUUACUAGUUUCUUUACCUUGAAAGAGAAGCGAAAGAAACCCACUUUGGACCUG